AGAUUCACCUCGGGGCGCCAUUUUGGCUCCAUGUGAGUUGUCCUCUUGACCACCAGUAUGUUUCCUCUGCGUUAAGUCGACCUUCCUAGUGACUAAAAUCGGUUAAAAUGGCUUCGUUGCGUGUAGCGACGAGGAUGUUCUGUGCUGCGGCAGAAACAGCAGCAGCUCCGGCCGCAAAGAGCCGCUGGGAAACGCUGAAGAACAGUAAAGCAGGCGUGUGGUGUCGCAGCCUGUUCUCUGAUUAUAAAGAGGCAUGUAGGGAGAUGGUGGUUGGUGCCUGGGAACGACCGCUCAAAGCCUCAGUGUACGUGAGUCUGCUGGGCGGGGCCUGGGCCUGUUUCCACACAACCCCGGACCAGUCGUCCUUUGAGGCAGCCCUGCUGGAGCGCUCCAACCAGCUGGCCCUGCUGUCGCCAUGGAUCCGCAACGCGACCUCAGAUGGGCACGUGCAGAGUCUUGUGAAGCUUCGUAAUGAGGGACGGCUCCACCACGCCAGCCUGGGUCUCCUCUCUCUGGUUUACCGCGCCAGCUACGACCCCGACGUCACACUGUACGAAGCCCAGUGCUCCAACGUGUCAGCACCCUGGCUGGAGUUCCCCAAGCGGGUGCUAGACGUGGGCUUUGCCGGCCGCUGGUGGAUCCUGGACUUGAAGAUGAAGGACUAUGACGUGAACGAGGACGACUUCAAGCACUUGCCGGCUCACAUGCAAGUAACGUCACCACCCAGUGUUCAGGAGGUGGAAAGGAAUGAGAGGUUGCACAAGGAGUCCUGGGUAGCACUGACAGUGGAGGACGAGGAGAAAGAAGCAAAUGUGGUGGACAGAAAGGAGGAGAGGGUCAGUGAAGAGAGUCAGACUCAAGCCUGAGCUCUGUGUGGAUAACAGCAAAUAUUUCACGUGUCACAAACACAUACUGGACAGGACAGAAGACUGCACCGAGGGGGGGGGACUUAUUCUCAUUUUCAGUGUGGUGCUGGAUUCAGCAAACCAUUUGACCUUUUUGUCCACUUUUUGUCCUCUGUUUACUGCUUCCACAAACCGCUACAGAGGGAGGAAACAUUCGCGCCUGUGUCUCAUCAAAGUAAAAGCAGCCCUUCAGAAUUCUCACUUAUGUUUUUAUUUAUUCCGUGUUGUUGUUUCACAGAAUUUAUACCACACAUGUCAAUAAACCUGUCACUUAUCUCCAGA